AUGUAUCAAACGCAAGAUGACUGCGAAGCAACUAAAGAAAACACUGCAUUGUUUUCAAUCAGAGUUGUUUGUAUAGACUAUUACAUAACUCAGUUCCCCGGAAUCGUGUUAGCAGAGAAGGGAAGAAAAGUACCAGUUAUUAGGAUAUUUGGACCUAAUGCAUUGGGGCAAAACUGCUGCCUUCAUCUUCACGGAAGUUUACCUUAUUUUUUUGCAACUCUCGAAGGGUUUGAAGAUGAUGAUUACCAUAUAUACAGAGAAUUAAAUAUUGUAUUCAGAAAAAGUUUGAUGGCCGCCCUUAGAAAGUUUAAUGGUAAAAAACUCGAGUUUUCGUCCAAUAAAGAGGCACUUGCCUCAAAGCCCGAUGAAUAUAUUUUUGAUACUAUCGUAGUUAGAGGAUUUCCCUUUUAUGGUUUCUCUGCGGAAGAAAGAUUAUUUAUAAAAAUAUUCCUUUAUGACCCAAGUUUGGUGUCUGUGGCCUCCAGAUUACUUCAAAAAGGGGCCGUUCUUAACAGGCGCUUUAUAACUUAUGAAAGUCACAUUUCUUAUAUCCUUCAGUUUAUGAUGGAUUACAACAUCAACGGAAUGGAUUUCAUCCAUCUGUCGGAUGUUAAAUUUCGCGCCGAGUCUAGCUUGUGCGGCACCUCUACUUCCCCUUUGGAUCCCGUUUGGAUGGAGUACUGCCGUGUAUAUGACCAACAGAAGCAUAUGGUUUUCAACGGGAGUGUUGAAUCGUUGAGCUCGCCGAGCAACUCUCAAAGGGAGACGGAAGUUUCCGGUGAACUUCAACGCCGCUGGAUCGUGAAGGAUCUUCCUUCCUUCCUUCUAAACUCUAAUAAACAAGAGCGUGAAAGUUUUUCGGAAUUAGAGCUCGAUGCAACUGUCGAUGCAAUUUUAAACGUGCAGUGGCUUAAGAAGGAUCGGUUUUGCCAUACUUUCGGGCGAAUCCGCAAUCUCUCUUCCUUGUGGGAAGAUGAAGAACGCAGAAGAAGUUUUUUGAAACUCGAUUUCUCGCCUUUGCGAUCUGCCCCUGAACUAAAUCUGCUCAGCAGUGACGAGUAUCCGUUUUUUGAACAGCCAAAGGCAAGUGACGGUUCAACGACAGAAGUUGGAACGUCCGGAACAGCAUCGCCACCGUCCACUUCCCUUCAAGUGUCGUCCAAGUGCGUUACAGAAGAAGCAGAAGUUCCGUUAUCACAAGACUUGCACAGCGUGCUGGAGAUAAUCAGAAGUAUUCACACCCAAAACGGACUCUCCGAAGGCGAAGAACUGGAGGAGAAGUUGGAAGCGUACCGUUUGUUUCAGCAGAACACGCAGAGUUCAAUCCCAGAAGAGGCCGUUGUGGUGGACGAGCGCGUGAUAGACGAUUUUGUUUCGACGGAGUAUAUGGAAAGGAAUGCUGCCGCGCCCGUUGAAAACGAUGAGGAGAGCGAUAGCAACGAGAAAGACAUACUUGCUACGAUUGGCCUUUUGUCGCCAAAUGACUGGGCAGACUGUUUCCAUGCGGGAGAAAACGCCCUGACACCGCAGCUCCCUGCCACCACAGAUGGGACCUCUCUGCUCUCGCAGCAUAUGCUUAGCAUGUGGUCCCCUGAGAGGAGACACUUCACUCUCUCUUCUCCUCCAGCACCCACCUCGCCUACAUUACAACAACAUCAUAAUAACAAUAAUAAUACUGUCACUAUGGCUCACGAUAAAAAUGUUGAAGGCUUCUCUACGUACUCUGUUCAGGGCUUGUACGUCUAUAAACCCGUCACGGAUCCUCCUUCGGUGGCGGACUUGGCGAUAAAAAAACCCGGUGCACACCAGAAAAACCUCGAGUUUAUAGCCGAAAAAGCGACCAAUGAGGAAAAGAAAGCGACGGGCGAGUUUGUUAUUCCGCCAAGCCUUGUCUCUCCCUUUUCCACUCUUGGGUUUCGCUUUUCGCGGGGGAGUCUGGCGGACAUACAGCGGUUACAUCAAUACCAGCAUAUAACCACGAUGUCCGUGGAGGUGCUUGCUGGUUCCGAAACUUCUUAUCCGAAUCCGGAAAAGGACGCCGUGUACGCUGUGGCAUACUGCAUCGAUAACGACUUACUUAAAGGAACUGACUUUGGCGUCCUACUUUGCUGCAGAUGCAAUUAUUGUUUGCGUUCGUGGGUUUCACGAGGGUUUGCUGUGGAGAUAUAUUCAGCGGAGGAGGAAGUGCUGACGCGCCUUGUUGCUUUAGUAAGGCGCAUUGAUCCCGAUAUUCUUGCCGGCUUCGACAUCCAGCGAGGCAGUUGGGGCUUUCUUGUAGCGCGAGCAUUGUGUUUCUUCAAUAUGAACCUGCAACAACUCCUUUCUCGCUGGACGACAUUUCUGGUUGCUGCAUCGCGCUCAUUACCAACUCGCAGUUUCGAUAUAUGUCAACUCCAGCCCGAAAGUGCCGGCAAGGAAACUAAUCUUUGGGCUUAUACUCACGAUUCCGAUCUCGUGGUUACAGGCCGCAUAUGCAUCAAUCUCUGGCGCCGGUGCAGAGCAGAAAUAUCGUUAAAUAACUACACGUUCGAGAAUGUUAUGUACCACGUGGCCCACCACAGAGUUCCCAAAUAUUCAGUACAAAUGCUGCACAGAUGGUUCAGCGGGACAGAAGUGGAGAGACUGCGAGCUGUGCAGUACUGCGUGGACCGCGCGAUGGGCGUGCUAAUUAUUUUGAGAGAACUUGAAUUUUUCGGAAAAAAAAGUGAACUCGCUCGAAUCUACGGAACUGACCUAUUCUCAGUGAUAACACGUGGAUCGCAAUUUAAAGUAGAAGCGAUGAUGCUGCGCGUGGCCAAAGCUUUCAAUUAUAUUGCCGUUUCGCCCUCAAAGGAAAGGGUGGCCGCCCAACGUGCCCCUGAAUGCAUCCCAUUGGUCCUGGAGCCCAAGAGCUGCUUCUAUACGUCUCCUGUCGUCGUACUAGACUUCCAGUCGCUCUAUCCGUCCAUCAUGAUCGCCUACAACUACUGCUACUCGACUUGUUUGGGUCGUAUGCAAAGCACAGACAGGAAGCAAUUGGGGACUGAACUCGUAGUUUAUCCGUCUUGGGUAGUAUCAAAGCUACAGUCCGAAGGUGGCUUGAGUGUUUCUCCCAACGGCGUCGUGUUUCUCAAGAAAAAAAUCAAAGUUGGUGUUCUUCCUCUUCUGCUGUCGGAGCUUCUCAGAACACGAAUUAUGAUUAAAGAUUCUAUGAAACUCUACCAAGCAACGCACAAGGAUAUAUUUAAAACUUUAGAUUCUCGGCAGUUCGGCCUCAAGAUGAUUUCCAACGUGACUUUUGGAUAUACGGCUGCCAGUUAUUCCGGGCGGAUGCCAUGCGUCGAUAUAGCCGACAGUAUCGUUCAGACGGCGCGAGAAACGCUGGAAAGGGCUAUCCGGGCCGUAAAUAGCAAUAAACUUUGGGAUGCGGAAGUCAUAUACGGCGAUACAGACAGUUUGUUUGUCCUUCUAAGACACCGAUCGAAGGAAGAGGCGUUCAAAAUUGGGAAGGAAAUAGCCAAUUACGUUACGCUGAGCAACCCUCGACCAGUCUGUCUGAAGUUGGAAAAAGUCUAUCUUCCCUGCAUUCUCCUGGCCAAAAAAAGAUACGUCGGGAACCAAUACGAGUCGCCGUCCCAGCAAGAGCCGCUCUUCGAUGCCAAAGGUAUUGAGACGGUGCGCCGGGAUGGCUGCCCUUAUGCCUCAAAGUUUCUUUUUGAGGGACAAAGUUUGGCGACCAUCAAGAAAUACGUGCAGAAGAAAAUGAGGCGGCUUGAGAAAGGACUGGUUUCUCCGCAAGACCUAAUUAUCUGCAAGGAAAAUAAAGUGAACUCCUACAAGCGCCCGCACCUCCAGCCCGUCGUCGUGGCGUGCGCACGUGGCAGAGAGGCGGACACAGCAAACAUUUGUCUCUAUGGCGAACGAGUUCCUUAUUUGGUGACUUAUGGCGCCCGAACGAACCGCCUCAUUGAUAAUGUCUGCAGCCUAUACGACUUCCUCUAUGACGAAACUGCUUUUCUUAAUACGAAGUAUUACAUCAAGAAACAGCUGAUACCGCCACUUAGCCGAGUCUUCGGGCUACUUGGAGAAGAUCCUGAAAAUUGGUACGCUGAACUAUCCGUUAGAAAGAAAGCGCCAUCGACAGAAAGCGCCUUUUCUAGAAGGUCCUUACCAGAAGUAAGCUCCCUACGAGCAAGGAGCCCUCCUCGGAAGAAGAGGGUUAUUGAGCAGUAUUACUCCUCAAAGAACUGCGCCGUUUGCCACUCCUUUUGCACAGAAGAGGAUGCCUCAUUAUGCCAGCCGUGCAGGGCAUCCCCACAAAAGUCCUAUUUUUGCCUGCUCUCUGCUCAGCGAAACGUGGAGUACACACGAAAACAUCUAUAUAUGAUUUGCUCGCGGUGUUUAGGUGAACCAAGCGAGCAGGCGAUCGAUCAGUGUAUUUCAUUGGAUUGCCCAAUUUUUUAUGAGCGAGUCAAGAUAAAUAAGAAAGUCCGACAGGAGCUGCCAAAUUACCGUCAUCUCCUUCAAAAGUUUUGA